CAAUUGGGAUCAGACAGAGGUGAACAAGGGACACGAGAAAAAUAUAAGCCGUUUGGAUUAUUCGGAUUGACAUAUGCUGCUACCAUGGUGACGACAUCUUUAAUCUUCACGGUCUGCUUGUUCCAUGCAGCGACAGGUCAAACUUCAAAAGAACGCGUGGAGCAGGAACUGGUGCCAUUUGAGCACUUUGUUGGGACAGAACGCGAGAACGAGAAAGCCACACUGGCAGAGCGCAUGGAGAAAUGGUUUGUUCCAGGUAUAUCAGUAGCAGUUAUCAACGACUACCAGGUGGAAUGGGCAGAUGGCUACGGUUAUGCCCAAGACGGGGUACCUUCUACCGCGGACACUGUAUACCAGGCAGGAACUCUGAGCAGCUUGCUGACGUCACUAGCUACGUUGAAGUACGUAGAGAAUGGGGCCUUGGAUCUUGAGAACAACAUAAAUGAUUACCUGACAUCGUGGAAGAUUGGGUACAAAGGAAGGCAAGACGAUCGCGUAAAACUGAAACAUCUGUUAAGUCACAGUGGAGCAGUUGAAGUGGAAGAGUUCGAAGGUUAUGCCCAAGGCGCUCCCAUUCCAACCCUUCUUCAAACUCUGAACGGCGAAGCGCCAGCUAACAACGUGAAGGUGGAACUGAUAGAAGACCUCCUCGAUCUGGUAGGAAACGGCCCUCUAACUCCUGGUGAACAGGAAGAUUAUUCUUCUGGGGGAUUCGCUGCAUUACAGCAACUACUGGAAGAUGUUACAGGACUACCAUAUAGUACAAUUGCACAGGAUAUGGUCCUGGUAAAUAUGUCAUCUAGUAGUUUUGCACUAAGGGACUACAGUGACACAAAUGGGGUAGCAUUUGGCCAUCGUUGCAACAGUUCUAAGGAAACAUCUGUGCCAGGUAACUGGAACCGUUUCCCAGAAUCAGCUGCCCAAGGUUUAUGGUCAAAUGUAGCUGAUUUGGCUAAACUUGUCAUUAAUAUUGCUAAGGGUCAGAGUGGAGACCCGAAUUCAAUAUUAAAUGCUGAAUCUACGACAAAUAUGCUUACAUUACAAUUACCGUCAGUAGAGGGCGCACGGUUUGGUCUGGGAACAGAGGUAGGGAAUGGGCGGGAGUCUAGUAAAUGGUUCUACAAUACUGGCUACAGUGAGGGUUAUUGUAGCGAGAUCAUUGGGAACACAGACGGUAGAGGUCUAGUGAUGAUGUCUAAUCUAGGGUGUAGUCGGGGACACUUUCUCUUGGGGGAGUUGUUUCGUUCCGUGGCAGGCGUCUAUGGUUGGGAUGAUGCAGCAGAAGCAAAUGUGGAAUUUAACACGAGGUUGCAAACAAAGCUACCCUUAAGCAGUCCGCAACCAUGGGAGGGUACCUACGAGGUCGACCCAGUGGAUAUUAUCAUAGAUGAUCUAGAACUUCCCUUUUCUACAAUAUACGUCUCUGCAUCCUCUUUUCAAGCCAACCAAGAACUUUGUAGGGUUGACUUUUACCCAUGCGCCAACAAGGAUAAUAUCUAUUGUCCAGUGAUGAGCAUAUUCCAAGAUAUCACUGAUAAGCUAGGGGAGAUAACAUUCACACCUGGUGGGGACGGGGGUUACCGAGGAGAGCUCUACGUUAUCGACGUAGACAUUCCUUUAAUUGAUCCAAUCAAGGUUACAUUUAAUAGAAUCGCCCCGGCUACGAUUGAACCCUCAUCAACAACGCAUCGGCCACGUACAUUAAAAGAACGCGUGGAGCAGGAAUUAGUGCCAUUUGAGCACUUUGUUGGGACAGAACGCGAGAACGAGAAAGC